GUCAGACCCCGCCCCACUGCCCUGCCGAGCGACCCCGCCAGUCGGGUCCAUCCUGCAGUAAAUGCACAACCGGGACGGAAGUGCCUCUCUGACGACGGACCCAGGCUCGGAGCUUCAGACGCUGGGACAGGCCGCCCGCAGACCACGCCCGCCGCGCGCGGGACACGACGACCCCCGCAGGACCCGCCCAUCAGCCCGGAAACCCGCGAGCUGCUUCUCCCGGAGGCCGAUGCCCACCCGGGAGCUCCCAAAGAUUCGCGGCUCCCGGGGGCAUCUGCAGACUCACCCGCCUGGGCCUGGGCCCCCGCUGCAAGGACUGGCGCCUGGAGGCCUCAAAACCAGCGCCCCCCGCCCUCCGUGCCAGCCCCAGCCAGGACCCCACAAGGCAAAGCCGAGGAAGAUUGUGUUUGAGGAUGAGCUGCUCUCCCAGCCCCUCCUGGGUGCCAAGAACCCUAUUGGAGCCAUCCCUAAGGGGCAUAAGCCUAGGCCCCACCCAGUGCCCGACUAUGAGCUUAAGUACCCACCGGUGAGCAGUGAGAGGGAACGGAGCCGCUACGCCGCAGUGUUCCAGGACCAGUACGGAGAGUUCUUGGAGCUCCAGCGGGAGGUGGGGUGUGCACAGGCAAAGCUCAGGCAGCUGGAGGCCCUGCUGAGCUCCCUGCCCCCACCCCAAAGCCAGAAGGAGGCCCAAGUUGCAGCCCGGGUUUGGAGGGAGUUUGAGAAGAAGCAAACGGAUCCUGGCUUCCUGGACAAGCAGGCUCGCUGCCACUACCUGAAGGGUAAACUGAGGCAUCUCAAGACUCAGAUCCAGAAAUUCAAUGACCGAGGAGACAGCGAGGGCUCUGUGUACUUCUGAGUGCCCCUGCAGAUGGGCAGAGGGAUGCAUGGGGAUGCGGGUCCCUUGCUUUGCUUGGUAUCUCCUCAGCUUUCCUCUUGCAGCUCUCCCUACCAGGGGUAGCUUUCUCCAGGAUUGCAAAUGCCUCUUCAUUUUGGACUCAGCGCUGACAGCUCCUCCUCCAGGAAGGCCUUCCAGGUCUUCCUCCUCUGGGUCCUCUAGCUCUGACCCUAUAGGGACUCCAGAUCUCCACCUGUUCCCUGGAAGUAGAGCCUGCUCUCCAUCCCAGUGAAAUAAACAUGUAUUAGACACCUA